GGAUUGCUAACCGGCUGCAGAGGACUGUCGGGAGCAUGAGGAGGAAGCCGCUGCUGUGACCGUUCUGACCUUCGACCCCUCCUCCAUCCCGCGUGGCCUGGGGUGCUGAGGGGCAAUUCUGGUGCCAUGGACACAGCCCAAGGAGCUGACCCAAGCGAUCCUGGUGACAAGGACGGGGACCUGCAGGUGCUGCUGCAGGAGCUCUGCCAGCUGCAGGCCAAGCAGAGGAAGCUGAAGAGAGCCGUGCAGAGGCACAAGGUGUUUGAGGACUACCUGAUGAAGGUCCUCGAGAAAAUCCCCAAAGACAGCAGCCUUCGGGAGGAGCCGGAGUCGGCCCUGCUGGAAGCCAUGGUGCGGCACUACGGGCGGCUCCUCACGGCCAGCCAGGAGGCCCGGAAGUGCCUGGACACCUUCUCCCAGAUGAACCAGGCCCUCCUCCAGAGCCUGGAGUUCCUGGAGGAGGGCCACAGGACUCUGGUGCCGAGCCUCAAGAUCCAGCUGUGUCAGCUGCAGAAGAAGUGUCACAGCACGCAGUGGCAGAGGCUGAAACACAGCAUCAGCUACCAGAAAGACGUGGGCGUGGACACACAUCCACACAUCCGGAAACACAAUGUGAGUCCUGUGUGCUGGCCGGGGGGCGGGACCGCUGCCUCCUCAACCAACCAUUCCCAGCACAGACAGACAGACAGACACAGACACAGAGACACCGAGAAACAUGGACAUACACACCGGCACACAGACAGACGCACACAG